AUGGCCUCCUUUCCGAAACCGAAGGAGCUUGGUGGCCCAUCCACCAGUCGUGCCAGGACAGGUCCUAUGAGCAAGAAGACGGAAGACAACGUGUCAAAGAUGGUGCGCUUAGUGAAGAAGCACAACCUAGAACCUGUCAUCGUUUUCUGUUUUAGCAGGAAGGAAUGCGAAAUCUACGCUCUCAAGAUGUCCGAAUGCGACUUCAUAAGCCCUGCUGAUAAGAGCGUGGUGGAAGAGGUCUUUAAGAACGCUAUUGGUGGCCUCUCCCCGGAGGAUCGCUGUCUGCCGCAGGUGGAAAGUGUACUCCCUCUUCUCAAGAAGGGCAUUGGUAUUCAUCACGGUGGUCUCUUGCCAAUUCUCAAAGAGACUGUUGAGAUUCUCUUCGGUGAGGGUUUAAUGAAGUGUCUCUUUGCCACCGAGACCUUUGCGAUGGGCUUGAAUAUGCCUGCUCGGACUGUGGUCUUCACCUCGGUGCGCAAGUACGACGGUGCUAACUACCGUUGGGUAUGUUCGCCCUCCUAA